GAGAUGUUAUGUGGGCAGGUGAUGACUAUAUAAAGGAGCUUUGGUUCAUUGACAUUAGAGCGUUGGUAACGAAGCGACACCCCAGGUCUCGUCACACAGAACUGGUUUACAAAAAAACAAAAACAAAAUGAGAAUUUUAAAGUGUAUUGUUUUGGUUACACUGUUGGCUCAAUCUAAUGGAUUUUUCAUCAACACUCUGGGUAAUGUUGCUAAGACGAUAGUUGAUACCGCUGGAAAGGUCAUAGGCACAGCGGGCAAGACUGCAGAGAAUCUGGUGGAGACUUCCGUCAACACUGUAGGCAACGUGAUCGACACUGGAGUCAAGAUUGCGGGCAAUGUGGUUGAAACUGUGGUCCACACUGGUGUGGAUGUCUUCUGUGCGGUGGUGGGAGUUCUGGUACCAUGCAGAGAAGUAUCAGGUGGCAGUGGAUACAGUGCCCCUCUACCCAUCAGAUGCAACGCCCUUGCUGACAUCGUCUUUGUUGUGGAUGCCUCUUCCAGCGUCGGGUCGGUCAACUUCAAGAAAGUCCUCUCACUGGUGGCCAACAUGGUAGCAUCCUUUACCUUCGGUGCCAGCAAUGUUCGCUUUGGGCUGGUGGUGUACAGCACUGAGGCUCAGAUCUGGUUCAAUCUGGAUGAGUACAACGUCGUCUAUGAAGUGCAGAAGAAUAUUCUGGAGACACCUUAUGACGGGGGAAACACGUACACCGACAGGGCGCUGAAUCUCAUCAGUGACACCUACAUGUUUGAGAACCACGCUGGGGGAAGAGAAGACGCCCCUGGCAUUGUUGUCCUCAUUACAGACGGGCAGUCUAAUAACCCAACAGCAACUCUGAGUGCCGCUAAACGUCUCAAAGACCACGACGUCACUAUCUUCUCCGUGGGUAUCACCUCCAGCAUCAAGGAGUCAGAACUCCAGGGAGUAGCCAGUAGGGCUGAAAACGUUUUCAAAGCCACAGACUUUGACGCCUUGGCCGGUAUUCUUGGCCUGAUCGUGGACAAAACAUGUGUAGCCAGUAGAGGAACCAAGGAAGUCAUACAAGUUUCUACACCCAAGACUACUGCUCAACCAGCACCAAUAGCACCAGCCUGUAAGACAGUGGCCGACAUUCUCUACGUCAUCGACUCCUCUGGAAGCAUUGGUCCAGUCAACUACAACAAGCUCUUGCAGUUUACUGUAGACCUGACCCAGAAUUUCAAGAUUGGAACCGCCGACGUACUUUUUGCUGGAGUCGUGUUUAGCCACACUGCUAAGAAAAUGUUUGACCUCAAGGACAACCCAACUCAAGACUCAUUGAAAAAGGCCUUGCUGAACACGCAGUAUAUGAACUCUACCACCCACACUGACCUCGCCCUUGACCUUGUGGCUAACCAGACCAUGUUCUCUACUGCUUCUGGUGGUCGCAGUAACGCUCGAAAGAUUGUCAUCGUCUUGACUGACGGCUUGUCAAGUAGCCCCGAGAAAACUCAAGUGUCUGCAGCACGCCUUAAGUCACGUGGUAUCAUCAUAGUCAGUGUGGGCAUUGGACAAGCGGAAGACGCUGAGCUGAAGGGAAUGGCCUCCACUGCAGACGAUGUCUUUAAGAUCGCCUCUUUCGACGCACUGUCCCAGAUUAAGCAGCAGGUCAUCCAGAGAGCUUGUCUUAAAUCUCGUUAAGACGUCAGCAACUGAUGCAGACCAGGACACUAGAUUAUCUUGUAUAGAUCAUGUAAACACAAGUGAAAUAAAUUUAUUUUGAACUCUCCAAAUAA